UUUGUGACAUAAAUGCUGCUGAGAGGAUGAGUGAUUCAUGUGUUGUGGUGGAUCUCUUAAAACAUUAUUUUUGAAAGAAAUAAUUGAUGUUAUGAAUGAAAUGAUGUUUGAAAAGUUUCGAGUGUGUUUCUAAGGUUCAAUUAUGGCGCAAUCAGAACUGUCUGCCUUGGGUCUCCCCGAUGGGGGGGUGCAGGAUAUGACAUGGCUUUCCGUGUUGAAUGAGGACGUGAUCAAUGGAAACCUAAAAUUGAGAUAUGAAAAAGAUCAGAUUUAUACAUUUACAGGAUCCAUAUUAGUUGCAGUCAACCCCUAUAAAGAUCUCAACAUUUAUUCCCAGAAUUUCGUAAACAAAUACAGAGGCAAAAAAAUAGGAACACAAGAGCCUCAUGUCUUUGCACUAGCCGAGGCCUCCUAUGCCUCCCUACAGUCUGAUAAUCCUAACGGUACUCACAAAAACCAAAGUCUAGUAAUAAGUGGAGAGAGUGGUGCUGGAAAGACUGAAACCACAAGAUUUAUCUUGCAAUAUUUAUGUUCUGUUACUAGUCAAGUUUCGACGUGGGUCGAACAGCAGAUUUUGGAGGCGAACACUAUUUUGGAAGCUUUCGGAAAUGCAAAAACUGUGAGGAAUGACAAUUCAAGUAGGUUUGGGAAAUUCAUGCAGUUGUGCUUCGAUGCAAAAUGGAUGAUUGCGGGGUGUAUAGUUCAGGAUUACUUAUUAGAACAAUCUAGAAUAACUUUUCAAGGACCAGGAGAGAGAAAUUAUCAUGUAUUUUAUAUGCUAGUAGAAGCUGCAAAGCAAAAUAAUGAUCUGGCCACCAAUCUCCACCUCAAGGAUGUUGGAUUUUACAAUUAUUUAAACCAAUCUGAUUGUUUAAAAAUUGAAGAUGAAGAGAGAACACUGGAUAGGCUUAUGUUGGCCUUCAAUGUACUCCAGGUGCCUGGUAACAUGUGCAAUGGGAUUUUUCAGACGUUAAGUGCAAUAUUAUGGUUGGGAAAUUUAACUUUUGAAGAUAUAGAUGGAGAAAAAUGUAGAUUGACCACGCAAGACGAAGAGAUUAUGAAUAUUCUUUCAGCGUUGUUGAGUUUGGACAAGGAGGACCUGAGACAAGUCGUAUUGAUUCGACAGAUUAACGUUAGGGGUAACAUAACUGAGAUACCCCUAAAGUUGCAAGAGGCCAUAGAAAAUAGACACGCGAUGGCGAAAGCAUUAUACUCAAGAACUUUUGCAUGGCUGAUAAAUCACAUCAAUACUUGCACCAACCCUGGACAGGACUCGUCCAGAUUUUUAGGCGUUUUAGAUAUUUUCGGUUUCGAGAAUUUCGCAGUGAAUUCUUUCGAACAGCUCUGUAUCAACUAUACGAACGAAAAGUUGCACAAGUUUUUCAAUCAUUACGUAUUUGCUUUAGAGCAAGAAAUUUACCAAGAAGAGUGCAUAAUGUUCAAUCAUAUAGAUUUUAAGGACAACAGCUCCUGUUUGGAGUUGCUGGAAAAACCUCCUCGUUGUGUGCUCAGACUUUUAACCGAGCAGUGCCACUUACCCAAAGGUUGUGAUGCUUCAUAUAUACUCACCCUACACAGUGAAUUUGAGGGUCAUGAGAGAUAUGUGAAAGGAGACGAUAAGAGAAGAUGGGAAAGAGAAUUCGGGAUCAAACAUUAUGCAGGUUGUGUUACUUAUAACGUAAAAGGAUUUGUUGAUAAAAACAGGGACGUCCAACAAGAUGUUUUCUUUGACAUCAUAUCUAGGAGUAAUAACGAAUUUUUGCAAGUACUCUCAACAUAUCAGGAUCCUUCUAACUCCUUAGCCGCUAAAAAUGUGGCGAAUGGCAUAUCGACCGUAUCUCGAGGAACCUGCAAAGGCAAGCCGACUGUUUGUGAUACAUUCCGUUUUCAGUUACAAUCACUAGUUGAUGUUUUACAAUCAACAACGCCUUGGUAUGUUAGGUGUAUAAAACCCAACUCAGAUAAAGUACCGAAUAAAUACGAUAAGAAAUUGGUCUUGGACCAACUGAAAUAUUUAGGUAUGCUAGAUAUAAUAAGGAUCCGAAAAGAUGGAUUUCCGGUACACAUGAGUUUCGAAGAUUUUCUAGACCGAUAUCAUUGCAUAGCAAGUGGUGAAUUGCCAUCUGAUGCCCAGAAGGCCUGCCAUACAAUUCUAUCUAGUCAUAAUUUACCAAAUACGAAUUGGCAAUUAGGAAAAUCCAAAGUAUUUUUAAGAUCCUACGUUCAUGAAUUUCUAGAGGAUAAUAGAUUCAACAUCUUAUACUCUAAAGCCGUGCUUAUUCAACGAAUCUUCCGAGGUUAUGUUGCUAGAAAAUCGUACCUGAGAAUAAGGAAUGCGGUGUUGAGAAUUCAACACUCUUACCUUGGAUGGAAAUUGAGAAUUGAGUUCUUGAGGAAACGUAGAGCUGUCAUAGUGAUCCAAAGUCAUUUACGUGGAGUAUUCGCGAGAGAAGUAGCAUCUGCUCUGAAGGAAAUGAAGAGAGUGGAUGAAGAAAUGAAAAAGAGGGAGAGACUGGAAGAAGAACGUCGAAUCAGAGAGGCGAAAGAGGCAGAAGAAGCCCUCAAGAAACAGAAGGAAGCAGAAUCGAAUGAGAAAGAUCAUGAAGUAGAGGAGGAUAGAGAAUCAUUCAAUGACCUACAAGAAAGUGAAAAGGCCGCCGAGCAAGAAAUAGCUGCACUUUCACACAUUGCGCAACAGCUCAAGCCGAAGCUCGUGGAAACUGUUACGGAAUCUGUGGAUCUAGACAACUUAUUUGCCUUCUUGUCAGACGUGCAGCCCAACAGGAACCACAUCAUUGAUGAAAUUGGUGAAAAAAUGAACGAACUGGUUGAGGAUCUGGAUGUUGAACUGGAAACAGUCAUCCAACAGGAACUGGAAGGGCUAAACCAGGAACAACCCCAGCCUACCCCCCCACGUUUAGGGCAUCCCACAUUACCAGAACCUUCCGGACCUCCUCCACCGCCUCCUUGUCCUCCCCCGCCAAUGACUCCCAUAGUAGAGAGUCCGGUGGAAGAGAGCAAGAGUAGGAGUGAUAGUGAACACAUAUACGAGGCUGUGUUGCCAAGGGAGGUGCCUGUUCCGAUCUCUCCCCCACCCUUACCUGCACCUCCCAAACUUCCCUCCGAUUCCCCGAAAUCAACUCCGCACAUGUCAAGGUCGAACAGCACGAUUAUUUCUUCAAGACCACAAUCUUGGAGGUAUCCAUCGGAAUCAGAGCAACCGUUCAAUGUUGAAAGGGAGCAGAGGAGAAAGCUGAGAGUUGAAAAGAAACUGCAGGAGUUCGCUGAAAAUCACGAGAAAGAUACUCAUGUUGAAGAUCAGUUCUUCGAUCUCGUUGAUUUCGCCAAGGCGCAUUUUAACGCACACGAGAGAAGUCCGGAGGGUACUAUAAUAGCUACGUUGACUAGAAAGAGGCCCAGUUGCGAAAUGAUCCCCGUCGAAGAUAUGGUUACUUUUUACAAGGGAACCACCAUACCUUGUUCUCAUAUCCAUAUGUACGAUCCUGAUAAUAUUAACAUAGCUUGCACCAUAUUCCGGGAUCUUGCGAGGUAUCUGCGAGGAGAAUUGAGCGCUGAAAAAGAACUUCAAGCCAUUCAAUCGAUGAUAGGACACGCAAUAGAGAGGGAAGAAUUGAGAGAUGAAGUGUUGGUGCAACUCAUGCGACAAGCUACCAACAAUCCCAUCAUGGACUCCACCGAGAGAGUAUGGUUGGUGCUCUGCCUUUGCGUAGUGUCGUUUAAACCGUCUAAAUUGCUGUCCAAAUAUUUCAUAUCGUUUCUGAAAAAGAACGCGAUGCAAGGGGGGAAGAUAUCUCAGUAUGUGCAGUGGUGUUUGGACAAUUGUAAUAACAUCAAAGUUACCGUCAGGGAACUUCCACCUUCAUCUGUUGAAGUUGCGGCCAUGAAAAGAUUGGGAACCAUAGUGUGCAGAUUCUUCUUCUUGGACGGAAGGACCAAAGCUAUCGAUGUGCAUCCAACGGACACGGCUGGUGAAGCCGCCAGGAAAUUGGCAGAGCGGUUGGGUUUGAAGAACUUGGACGGAUGGGCUAUUUACCAGAGCACUUCGGAAGGCGAAGAACAUGUCCGACAUCAUCAUUAUCUGUAUGACGUCAUAGCUAAAUGGGAAAUAAUGCAACAAAAAGCGAAUGCGCCUUCUGGGUUGUCUACGUUAGGAAGACGAAGCACUAAUGUUGGGUUGAGUGGGGGAGAAAAUAGGUUCAUUUUCAAAAAACGACUAUUCAGAUCGAACCGAGAGCUCAGUCAAGAUCCAGUUGAGGUUAAUUUGUUAUACGCGCAAGCUGUACAUAGCGUUGUUAAAUGUGAUGAUUUCCCCGUCACCGAAAAAGUGGCCCUUCAAUUGGCUGGACUCCAGGCUCAAGUUGCCCUCGGUAAUCCGAAAGAUAACAGCAAAUUAGAAUAUUAUACAGACAUCGAUACGUUUUUACCAUAUAGAAUUAGUAGGACUCGAGGUGCUGAUGUGUGGGUACCUAUCAUCGCUCAAGCACACAAGCAAUAUGGUUCCAAUAGGUCCGAAUUGACCGCGAAAGCGUUAUAUCUUUCUUGCGUGAUGCAGUAUCCCUUAUAUGGCACCACUAUGUUCUCCGUCACCUAUAAAGGUUAUUGGCUGCACAAUAACAACCUGAUAUUGGGCAUCAAUUGUGACGGGAUCAUGCUUAUAAAGAAAGAUGAUAAGUUCGUUUUACACGACUAUCAUUACCAAGAGAUAGAAAGUAUUAUGCUAGAUCCAAGCGACUGCUUCAUAACGAUAACACUGCAGAGGCAUAUGAAUGACAACAAUCACAGAUGCUUCGUUUUCGAAACCAAGCAGAAAAAUGAAAUCGGUUCACUCAUUGCCAGUUAUUAUCCCAAUUUGGCCGGAUGGAUUAUCGAAAAUGAUCAACCGACCAAGAAAAUGAAAGCUAUCACGAAUGAAGAUAGAAUCAGAAUUCAUCACAAUCUGGUAAACUGUAGAAGAGCCAUGAUAGAUCACGAUAUGCUUCGUAAGCCGGUUGAAUCUGGAGGUAGUUUCUUGAAGAACACUCUACGUCGUCUGAGUAAGAACAAGUUGGACAAAUUGAGACAGGAGCAUGGAGGAGACACGAAUGAGACUUAUAAGGGUUUCCACUACGGUUUCUGGGCAUUUACCAGGCAAGCUCUCCCUCAGAGCAUAAGCAGACUACCGGAACCAGAAGAACAAAUCAUGCUUCAAGUAUUUCAGAUCAUGCUAACAUAUGCAGGACUUGGUCAGAAUGGUGAAUCUAUUAAACGCGUUGAAGACGAACACGUGAGCCUUCUACAAACCAUACUGGACAGAUGCAUGAGGAAAGACUCGCUCCUGUGCGAAUUGUUCUUGCAACUCGUCAAGCAGACCACCGACCAUCCGGAUCCGAAUUCGCGCGUCAAUUUGCGGCACUGGGCCUUACUCUGUCUGGCCUGCUCGGUCAUUCUCCCGCCGAACAAGGCGGUCAGGCGGUACCUCAUCGCCCACUUGAAAAAGUGCAGCGCCGACCACGUGACCGAGGAAGGAAAAUACGCCCGAUUCGCGGAAAAAUGCCUGCUCAAGACGCAGGGAACGCGGAGGAGGCAGUGGCCCCCAUCGAAGGAGGAAAUUCUGUGUACGAUCAAUCGGAGACCGGUCUACGCCAGAUUCCAUUUCAUGGACGGCCAAUAUCAUUCGGUGGAAUUUCAUCCGUCUUCCACUGCCAAGGACGUUCUGGAGAUCGUGAAGGAUAAGGUGGGACUACAAGGGGAUGCCAGAGGUUACGCUAUCUAUGAAGUUCUGGGGAAUUCGGAGAGAAGUUUGGCGGGAGAAGAAAAAGUGACUGAUGUUAUGGCUAAAUGGGAGAGGUACAGGGCCGCUUCGGCCGCUAACACGUUGACCAAUGCGCCGGGUUCGAAGCGUGCUAGGCCUCAGCAUCACUUCUUCUUGUUUAAGAAGCAUCUAUUCAUGGACCAAUUCAUCAAUUUGGACGAUCCUGUCGAGAAAGAACUGCUUUACCAUCAGGUAUUGCACGAUCUUAGGACAGACAGAUUUCCCAUCACCGACAAAGAAGCAAUGAUGCUCACAGCUCUCCAAGCUCAGCUUGAACUCGGCGAUUUGGAAGAUAUUCUUCACGACUACAGAAGGAUUGCUGCGCACUGUCUACCGGCGCGAAUGGUGCCAUCCCUUCCGCAAGAAGGGGUCACCAUGCACCAUCAGUCGCUGAAGGGAAUGACAUCGGCUGAAGCGAAACAAGCAUUUUUGAAUUUAAUACAGAGUUGGCCGUUGCACAAAGCCACGAUUUUCGACGUUAUGCAAUCUUUCACAUCGAAUUGGCCGAGAGUUUUGUGGCUUGCAGUUGAUCAAACAGGUCUCCAUCUGCUCGAACACAGAUCUCGAAACGCCCUAUGCACCUACGAGUACAGCAGUAUCCUGAGCUAUUCACCCGCUCUGAAUUGUCUCAUGAUUAUAACGGGAAGCGACAGGAAACAAAGUAAGGUUAUUCUGACGACUUCUCAAGCAUUCCAGAUAGCCACGCUGAUAAGGGAGUACAUGAGUGAGUUGUACGGGGAAAGUAUAGAGACUAAAGCAGCGGCUUCUGCGAACAAAAAUGGUAGCAGACCUACUAGCUGCUUACGGUCGAGUAUACCAUUAAUACCACACCAGCCUAGCUAGAAGAGGGUUACUUUCGCAGAUCAGGUAUUUGCUAACAAUUAUUGAUUCUUUGAUGCAGGUUUUGAUAGUUGGAAGUUCGUUAUUUAUUACACACUGGUUGUGGUUGUCCAAAUUGAUAUGUGAUAGCAGUGAGAGAAAUUAACACCUAAAAUAAGCUUCAUAGAAUUCAUCAAAAUUAGUUACUAUUAGAAGUGUUGGUUCUUCAAACUACACAACAUGUUGGAAAUGUUUUCAAAGUCUGAUUUUUUACUAGUCACAUUUUUUUCGUUUAUUAUUCGUGUGAAUGGGAAAUUCUCCUUCAGACAAAAAUGAUGUAUUUUAUAUGAAAUAUCGGAAAAACUUAUUGGCAUUAUUUACAAUAGAAAAAUCUGGGGAUUUAAAAUUUGAAGGACUUCGUUUCUAUUACUCCAUUUGACAAAUUUCUGUCAAAGAUAGGUAGAUAAUAAAAGACAAGAGUAGGGUCAUGUUAAGAAGAUUCUUCUUGAAAAUUACCAGCUGUUAUUUAGAAAACAAGACAACCUAAUUUUCGAGAUUUGUAAGAGCCUAAAGUCAUUCCAUGUUCCGUCUAAUUUAGGGGUUAAUCAUCCCUGUCUUAGAGAUCAUAUCUGUGAAGAGAACUCAAUUUACCUGGCGCAGUUGCCAGAUUGUGCAUGAAGAACGAAGUUAAAUCCCCACAUUUGAAAUAUGGACAGAUUCUACAACGAAUUUGAAAAAUUCAUGAAUGAAACUCGCUCAGUUUAAACUUGCAUUUGAAGUAAUAACCCGAAUUACGGAGAAUUCCCUAUAUCCUACAUGAUUGAUUAGUAAUUUCCGUGAUGGCCAUUCCAUGAUUCAAUUUGGCUUAUACAAUAUUAAUGAUAUAGAUUUCAUGUCAACAAUGAAGUCAGUUUUUUAUGCGGAUGAUAGUUUCUUGAAUUACUAUCCUAUUUAGUGUACAAGCCUGUGUCUGAAGAAAUAAUUUUUGAGCAAAAAUAAUGAGUAUGGCAUAUGAGAAAAAACGCUGAUAUUUCAAGUAUGCUUUAGGUAUUUCUCAUCUGGAAUGCUCAUUGUGAUCUGCGAAAACGCAUAAAUUGCUUUAUAUACCAAAUAGUUAAUUUAAGUAUAUACAUAAUGAUAUAUUGAAAGUUAUAAAUAUUUAGUAUUAAAAUUUUGGAUAGUUGAAAAAUAGACUGAUUCAAAGAGGAAUUUUAUUAAAAUGUCAAGAGAUCCAGGUUAGAUCAAAGACUUACGUUACUUAAUACAAACCAUUCACGAGAGAAUCCAUACAAUCAUAAAUAGUAUCCAUAUAUCAUAAGCAAGCUUAAUAAUCAACUAUCUCCAAAUUAGAGUAAUGUCUAAAUUUGAUGUUAAAAUGUACAGAAUUAAUGAAUUUCCAGUUAUGAACUAUACAAAUUGUAUUUUGUUGAACAAAUCGACUUAUGAUGAACAAACAUAUUUUUCGUUUGUUCAAUUUAUUGCUUUCUGUCUUUUUUAAUGGAUAGCAGUGGUUUACUAGUCAUUUUAUGCUGUGUGAACUCUGUUUAAUUUGAAACUGAAUUUUCAAUUCUAUAAGAGAACGCACAUUUAUAUUUGAUGUAUUAUUAAGUAGCAACUGAUAUUCCAAUUGUGAUAUUCUUUUUUAAUUUUAUAUUAACAAUUUCUUUACCUCCAAUUAUUAAUGUAUUCAUGAUUGUGUUGAAUAAAGUUCUUUAUUCAAUAUCCCAAUUAA